AUGGCACCAGCGCGGCCGGUAUCAUCCCGUGGUAUCCAGACCAGGUUGCUCAUAAUCUCGGACACACAUGGCUUGCAGUUGCCAGUGGAGAUCAAGACGCCGGUUGAUGUGGCCGUACAUUGCGGCGACUUGACACAGCACUCCAAGCUGGAUGAGUUUCGAGCAGCCAUACAAUUGAUUGAGAGUAUCAACGCUCCCCUCAAGAUCAUCAUUGCCGGAAACCAUGACUUCUCCCUUGAUAUACCAGUUUUCAAGAGGAAGAUCUCUGAAGCAGUCAAUUUUGCAUCAGAACCCAUCGAUGAUGCAUUGAUCAAAAAAGAGUAUGGUGACUAUGGGACAGCUCGGAAUUUGCUACUACAGCUAAGAGAAAAGAGCAUAGUAUUCCUGGAGGAAGGGACACAUCAAUUCAAUCUCAGAAAUGGUGCCCGUCUAACUAUCUACGCAAGCCCAUACACCCCAACCACUAUAUCAUCGAGUGAUUGGGGCUUUCAGUACAACGAUGACCAUACCUUCAGCAUCACUAAAGCGAUCGAUAUCGCUAUCACACACGGACCACCCCACGGAAUUCUGGACCUUUCGGAAGAUAAGAAGAGGGUGGGAUGUCCGCAGCUCUUUGCGGCCAUAGCAAAAGCUCAGCCUCGAAUUCACUGCUUCGGACAUGCCCAUGAGGGGUGGGGUGCUAAGCUGGUUGCUUGGAGAUCCGUGAUAUCAGACGCUCCCUCACAUUUCACGGAUAUAGAUAACAACGAGUCACAAGUUAUUGAAAACAUGGCAAGCCUCAGAGGAUCCAAGUUUGAUUCCCCAGAGGAAAGAAAAGCGAGAGAAGAGAGACUCGCUGCCUACAGAGAGCGUGGGUAUUGUGAGGUGAGUCACCUCAGCGACCAAUCGCCAUUGGGAGCAAGUGGAAAGACUUUAUUCAUCAAUGCAGCUGUCAUGGGACAAGAAGGGUUAGAUCAGCUGCCGUGGGUUGUGGACAUCGAGUUGCCAGGUUUCGCUUGA